GAUUUAUACCCAAAAGUGUAAACAUUUGUGUUCUACAUCUACAUAGUUCUCUUUACGUACAAUGUCAAGCUGGUGUUUUGUAUUUAUUUAAUCAGAAUCGAAAUGUGCGGAUCGCCAAGACAUUCCUCCAUGGUAGUCGCAGUCAUGGCGAUAAUUAGUGCAAUUUGUAUUGAAUUUUUCGGGUACAUGACCAUCUUGAGGGAUGGACCAAAUUGGAAUAUAAUCACUGGAAUGGUAUGCUGGGCUGUGAUUUGUGCAGCUGCCGCAGUUCUGUGGUAUGGAGCCCAUUAUGCAAAAGAAGCGUUUUAUGGUGCUCAUAUGGCUCGUUGUGGCCUUCACAUUCGGUGGAAUUUUGAUCAUUUCAGCAUUCAUAUCCGCAGAGCAACGGGCGGAUACAAAAGACGCUAUCGAGGACACAUUCAUAGCUUUCAUUAUUAGCGCUAUGUUUGGAUUUUUCAUUUGCGUUCCACUCAAAUACUACCGGACGAUGAUUUAGUUCGCUAAUGUGAACCUUCCGUACUUCAAAAUUUAUGUGAAUCUAAUAAAUCCUGUAGUUCUCUCCAUAUUCCCAACAACAAUCUCUUUACGUUCGUUGUCAGUGUUGUGUCAGCUGCAGGUGUGAAAUCCCUAGAGCCGGAAUGUGCAGAUCGGUGAGUCGCCAGAGUAAAUGCUAUGCGGUCGCAAUAUGUGCUUUCUUUUAUGGAUUAUUGGACAUUUCGGUGAAGGGCUACUGUCUGGUCUAUGAGGGAUUCAAGCCGUUUAUCGUCGUUGGACUCUCCGCCUGGCUGCCGAUUCUGUUAGCCGCCACGCUGCUCCUAGUGGGCGCCAGUCAGGAGAUGUUUGUGCUGCUGCUGACCGCCAUCGUAUUGGCCAUGUUCGGUGGCUGCUUAUGGAUUACCUCGAGUCUGGGGAUGCUGAUUGAUACAUGGGGGAUGGACAAAUUGUUUUUAAUAGACUCAGUGCUGGGAAUCAUUGCCAUUUGCCUUUUCCUCGGUCUGAUCGGGUUGUUCGUAUAUUUUACCUGUAGGUUUAUGAGGGAACUGCAAAGAUAGGUUCAACAGCACACCAAAAAAAAAACCUUUAUCGCAAUUUAACUGUGUAUUUUAAUUUCAAAUAAGUCACAAUGGCUCCGAGUUAUCCAAAUGGCAAUGCAAAAAUUUGCAUAAAAUAACAAUGGACGACAACAAAUCAAAUGCGGAAUAGACAGACACCGACACAGACACAAAUGCAGGCUUUGGCCUCGCCCUCGGCGGUGACUGUUGCGGUGGGGCACCCUGUUGUAAGCCCAGCCGCAAAUAGAAAGUGAAAAUCAAAUCACCAAAAUGCUACCGUUUAUUUUUGUAUUUUUGUAUUUUGUGUGUGUGUUUUUUGCCCAUUUU